GAACAGUGUUGUGAUCUCGUGGCCGGUAUGGAUCUGUAUGAUGAGCUUCCUGAACCGCCUCGGGGACCAGCUUCUGAAUCAUCUCCCUCUGAAUCAACACCAACACACGUUAACGCCGCUGGCAAGCGCAGGGCAGAAACAAUAGACACCGGGAGCUGUGAUGGCAGACAUCGGGAAAAGAAAGUUUGUAAAGGACUAAUAUCACUGAAGGCUCAUGUAGCUGAACGAAGAGGAGAACGAGAGGAAUUACAGGAUGCUCAUACCAUUUGUGACCUUAGCCAAGAUUGCCAACCAAUGCCAGCUGACAUCUCACGGCUCUCAUACUAUGCAGUUUUUGACGGACAUGGUGGAACCCGUGCAUCACGGUUUGCUGCACAUAAUCUGCAUCAAAACCUGGUGAAGAAAUUGCCUAAAGGUGAAGGAAGCAGUGUGGAGAAGGCAAUGAAGAGAUGUAUUCUAGAUGCUUUUAAACAGACAGACGAAGAAUUCCUCAAACAGGCAGCAAGCCAGAAGCCAGCAUGGAAAGAUGGAACGACGGCCAUCUGUGUUUUGGUUGCAGAUAACAUCCUGUAUAUUGCCAAUCUUGGGGACAGUAGGGCUUUGCUCUGUCGAAUUAAUGAAGAAACCCACAAACCUACUGUGUUGAGCUUGAGCAGAGAACAUAACCCUACUCAGUACGAAGAGCGUAUGAGAAUCCAGAGAGCCGGGGGCAACGUAAGAGAUGGCCGAGUGCUGGGUUUGCUGGAAGUCUCCCGAUCUAUAGGAGAUGGGCAGUUCAAGCGCUGUGGUGUGAUAAGCACUCCAGAUGUGAAGAGAUGUCCCCUCACCCACAGUGACAGAUUUAUCUUAUUGGCCUGUGAUGGUCUCUUUAAAGUAUUUUCACCAGAAGAGGCUACAAACUUUAUCCUGAAUAUUGUACAGGAAGAAGGCUCUCAAGAAGAUGAUCUUGACACCCGUUAUGAAUCUGCGUGCCAUCGCCUUGCCAGUGAAGCAGUGCGCAGAGGUUCUGCUGAUAAUGUCACUGUACUGUUAGUGCAAAUUCAGCUCUGAUGAGCAGUCACAGGAAGAGAGGGUUUGCUUAAAAAGUAACAAUCUUUCUUUUCCAAUUGUAAAUAAAAUUUCCAAUCUCCACAUUUGUUUAUCAUGAGUAUUUAACUACUUUUUUUGUCUGCAGAUUAAUCGUUUAUACUACUGACGUUAAACUGUGUUUUUAUUUCUAAGGUAUGUUUAAAAGACACUGUGAAUCUGUGCCAGGCUUAAGUCACUGUCAGACUAUUAUGUUUUUGUAAGACCGAUUUUUGCCAUCAUUUCAGUAAACGCAUUUCUCCUUA